GUCGCCACUCGGCGGGGACGCUCCAGCGGGGACCCCCGAGGCGGGAGCGCGGCUGCUAUAAGCAACUAUGGGUCAGGAAGGAGCAACACUGAGCCCCACAGUGAAAACAUUGCCUUCCGUCAAGCUCUACAGGACCUUUCAACAGUGGCCUUCAGAGGGGGUGUCAUGGCCCAGACUUCUAGAACCAGCCAUCUUUCUUCAGAAUCUCUGGAAGAUCUCCCUGCUCUUACUGAAAUGGCAAGUGCCGGGGGAAGGAAUGAGUCUUCAAGUCAAACAAACUUCACCAUUUCACCUGUUGGGCACUCGUCUGAGAUCGCCACGGCUCUGACCUCCCAGGACAGUACUUUAUCCUCGAAAAGAUCAGAAGAAAAAAGUUCUCCUCAAAUGGAGAGUGAGAUAUCCCCAGUCUCCCUGGAGAAGGGGAAGGAGCUCCCAGGAGUGAGAACUGCACACACCCAAGGAGCCUACACAUCAGCUUCCAUCCAGUCCUCUCUUGCUUCGGAGCCCAGAGAAGGGGCCGUGCUCUCCAGGAGGAGAAAUUCCUCAGAACCAGAGCUCGUCUUGCAGCGUUUCUCCAGGACACCAGCUUACUCUCCUUCUUCAGGCCAUCCAUCAUCUUCUGAGAGGAUGGAGGGAUUUAAUGAUGGCGUCACUGGUGUCCACAGCCCAUCAGGCAGCCACAGGAAGAGCACGCAUGCUGCUUCCACGCUCACUGAUGGUGUCCCAAGGGUGCUCCGGUCUUUGGCUGUCAGCCUGGCACCCGUAAAUGAGACAGAGGGCUUCCCUGAUCACUUCAGAACUGCUACAACUUCUAUCUCACCCACCGUGGAAGAAUUGAGAACUAACAGUAAAGUAACUGAGAACCCAGGAGAUGAAGAAUUCCUUGAGCCAUCCACAGAAAAUGAAUUUGGAUUUACAUCUUUACAUGAGCAAAAUGACUCCUUAACCCUUGGAGGACAUCAGCUUGCCAGCAGCUCUGAAAGGCUCAGGCCUCAAACGGAGACUGUGUUAAGGUCACUCCCUGCCAUUGGAGCUGGAGAAAGCACAGCACACUGGUUCUUGACCAAUAGCAAGACAUCUGCAAAUGUGAGAGAAAGCUCUCCUUCAUAUCCUGAGCUUGUGAACACUUUAGUUUUGACCCAAUUCUCAGACUCUGCUCAACAGACCAAAGGAGGAAACUCAGUGCUGGGUGAGAGAAGUUACUCAGAGUCUUCAUUUACAUCUUCCUCAGAAAGCCUGGAUUCCUCAGCACCACGUGGAGAACGCUCAACUCAGGGCCACGGUCCUCAGGUAGGAGAAAGAACUUCCGGGUGGCGCCCCCGCGGCGGCGCGCACACCUCAGCGACGCUCACCGGAAGUGGAGAGCAGCGCACGCUGCGGUCUCUCAGCUUCACCGAUGCCUCUGCGGACGCGGGAGCGCGCGCAGCGCAGCGCGGGAACGUGACGGACCACUCGGGCCUGCUGUCUCUGCCGCCCGCCGCUGUGCCUGCUCUCGGAGUCACUGGACUCAGCUAUGGUGGUAUAAGUGACACAGAUACUGAACAAAGGACUUCCAGUGACCACACAGACCACACUUACGUUUCAUCUACUUUCACCAAAGGAGAACGUGCAUUACUCUCCAUUACAGAUAAUGGUUCAUCCUCAGACAUUAGUGAGAGCUCAACUUCUUAUAUUAAGAUCUCAGACUCUCCCUACUUAGACUACACUUCUUCUGCUCAGAUGCAGACUGAGAGAAAUAACAUCUCAUCCUAUGAUGGAGAAUAUGCUCAGUCCUCCACUGAAUCACUGGUUCUGGGUACAUCCAACCUUCCACACUACACAUCCACCAUUAAUAUGCCAAAUACCUUGGUUCUUCUGGAUGCCAGGACUGAAUCUAUUGGUGACUCAUCGUCUUCAGGGUCCCCUUUGCCUCUGCCCUCAGUGUCACAAUCGCACCAGUUGGACUCAUCAACCUUACCAUCAACCAGGGCCUUUACAGAUCAACUGAAGUCUACCUCGGAGCCCUCUACACCGUUGGCUUCCUCAAUACCACCUUUACCAAUGGAAUCUACCCAAAUCCCACUUUCUGUCUCACAAACAGCCUUAUCACGUUCAUCUUCAAUUCCAGUUCUACCUGGAACAAGGGAGACACCUGUGACUUUAGUUCAGACAUCAACAGUAGCAUCAUCCUUAGCAAUUUCUCAUAGUGGUCAAACAGCAGACCCGAAGAACCAGAGCACCCAAGAGAAAAUCAUCACAGAAGGAAAGUCACCAAGCCUGAUGUCUGUGCCUACAGAGUCUACCAAAGUUGUAACAGUGAGCUCUCCUUCAGGAGUUCCUUUGCCCCCAGCCUUAACAGAAUUCUCCACCAACCCAACCCUUCCAGCCAUGAGCACCAGUUUAGUCCAGAUGUCUUCAGCAUUGACAGCCACCACUCUUCAGUCUGGUCACCCUUCUGUGACUAGUCCCAGCACCCUAUCAAACAAAGAAACUCUGGUCCCUGACCCUGUAACUGUACAUACUACAUCUGGAAGACAGCUCUUGCCAACCCAUCCUGAAACUCGAGUGCCACAAAUCUUAACAGAAGGUGCCGUCACAACAGAAAGAACCCAAGCACAUAUAGAUGAUACCACAAGAUUGAUCCCUGUGACCAGUGUACCUACAUCAGCAAAAGAAUCAACCACAAAGCUUGACAUGGAGGCAUACAGCCCACCCUUACAUUUCCUCAGAACAUCUCCUCAAACCACAGAUGUUUCUACAGCUAAAGAGUUGACUGCUAAAUCUACAACCUUUACUGCUCAGAGCACCACACAGUCACUAAUAGCAUUGCCACUUCCAACCUCAGUUAACAGCUGUGCCAAAAAUCCUUGCCUUCACAAUGGUGAAUGCAUUGAAGAUCUCACUGAUCAUGGUUACCGAUGUGUGUGCCCACCUUCCUGGCAAGGGGACAACUGUAGUGUGGAUGUAGAUGAAUGCCUCUCAAACCCCUGCCCACCCCUGGCCACGUGCAACAAUACUCAGGGAUCUUUUGUCUGCAGAUGCCCAGUUGGGUACCAGCUGGAAAAAGGAGUAUGUAAUUUAGUUAGAACCUUCGUGACAGAGUUUAAAUUAAAGAAAACUUUUUUCAAUACUACUGUGGAAAAACAUUCAGACCUACAUGAAGUAGCAAAUGAGAUCACCAAAACGUUAAAUGUGUGUUUUUCAACAUUACCUGGUUAUAUCCGAUCUACAGUUCAUGCUUCUAGGGAGUCUAGUAUGGUGGUGAUCUCAGUGCAAACCAUGUUUUCCCUGGCCUCCAACGUGACACUGUUUGACCUGGCUGAUGGGAUCCAGAAAUGUGUCAACUCCUGCAGGUCCUCUGCUGAGGUCUGCCAGCUCUUGGGGUCUCAAAGGAGGAUCUUUAGAGCGGGCAGCUUGUGCAAGCGGAAGAGUCCAGAAUGUGACAAAGAGACCUCCAUCUGCACUGACCUGGAUGGCAUUGCCCUGUGCCAGUGCAAGUCAGGCUACUUCCAGUUUAAUAAGAUGGAUCAUUCCUGCCGAGCAUGUGAAGAUGGAUAUAGACUUGAAAAUGAAACCUGUAUGAGUUGCCCAUUUGGCCUUGGUGGUCUUAACUGUGGAAACCCCUAUCAGCUUAUCACCGUGGUGAUUGCGGCAGCUGGAGGUGGGCUACUGCUCAUCCUUGGCAUUGCCCUGAUUAUUACCUGUUGCAGAAAGAGUAAAAAUGACAUAAGCAAACUUAUCUUCAAAAGCGGGGAUUUCCAAAUGUCCCCAUAUGCCGAGUACCCCAAGAACCCUCGUUCACAAGAGUGGGGCCGAGAAGCCAUUGAAAUGCAUGAGAAUGGAAGCACCAAAAACCUCCUCCAGAUGACAGAUGUGUACUAUUCGCCCACAAACGUAAGGAAUCCUGAACUUGAACGGAACGGUCUGUACCCAGCCUACACUGGAUUGCCCGGAUCACGGCAUUCUUGCAUUUUCCCUGGACAGUAUAACCCAUCUUUCAUCAGUGAUGAGAGCAGGAGGAGAGACUACUUUUGAGUCAGGGAAGAAACCUGUUGCCCCGAAACGGUUGCGGGACCUCUGUGGUUCAGAGCACUGGCUGCUCCCAGGACUUGUCAGAGCCACCCAUAAGUGGCAAACAGAAAGAGGGACAGGCGUGGCUCCAGUGGACGGGAAGGGCGGAGUGUGGACCGGCAGGCUGCUCACUUGGCACCUUCAUUGUUACUGUGAACCGACGGUGGGCAGUACCAUGGGAGUCUCUGAGUGCUGCCGCGUGCUGCUGGAGUUAGGGGGGACCGUAGCCACGGCAUGCCACUAGCUAUCACUGCAAGGACCCGGUUUUUCCUUGGUUUGCACUUUAGUACAUUGGGCAGGGAGGUUUCUUUUUGGUUUGUUUCAAGACUAUUCUAGAAAGAGGGCUUCUUUUCAUGAGACACUUUUCUGGGCCACCGUUUGGUGAUUCAUUGCCACCAGGUGCUGGCACUUUGUUUUCCUGUCCAGAUGCUUGUGUGUGAAACAACAGACAGGAGAGGGGGUAAUGUACCACUGUGACCCAGAGAUGCUGCAGCCGACAGUGCUCUAACACUUUCAGGCGGCCUUAUGCUCACUCCCAGGCCAUUCCCCUCAUUGAGAAAUGGACGUUGUAAGGCAUAGCACAUAACUUCUACCUGCUUUUCAAGUCAAGGUGACAUGUUCAUUGAAGUCCAAUGGCUUUUUCCAACUUACAGUUCAGUCUCACAUUUUCAAGCAGGUGCACAUCAGGGCAAAGCAACUUGCAUUUGGUUUGGGUUAGAAGCAUCCAGCUGCCUCAGUGAUGAGGCUGACUGGCAGAUCAGGGGGCCAAAGGUGGCAGGUCCUGCCUUCAGCAGGGGCCCUUCUCAUUCACCAUGAGGAAAUCCAUAGCUCCUGCUCCUCUGACCACUAUGCCAGAAACCAGAGGCCACUACAGAUGGAGUUAGAAAGGAAAGUUGAAUGCAGGAGUGUGAGCCAGAAUUUCACCCCCAGAGGAAAAGUCUGCUGUGGUCCCUGCAACUGGUCAUGGUUAGAGAAAUGGUCUAAUUUAGGCAUUAGAUUUCUGUGGGUGUUC